UCGACUCCCCUGUUAAUCUCUUUGCGUUAGCGCUUUAGCUACUUGCUACAAAAAUAGCACUGAAGUCACAGCGCUAUCUACACACUUUCCCAACCAGAAGUGGGAUAUCCACGGCUGAAAAUGGCCUCGCUGGGGGAGCCGGUACGAUUAGAAAGAGACAUUUCUCGUGCCAUAGAGCUGCUGGACAAACUCCAGAGAACCGGAGAAGUACCACCUCAGAAGCUGCAGGCCCUACAGAGGGUUUUGCAAAGCGAGUUCUGCAACGCUGUACGAGAGGUUUAUGAACAUGUGUAUGAGACAGUGGACAUUAACAGCAGUCCAGAGGUCAGAGCCAAUGCCACAGCAAAGGCCACAGUAGCAGCGUUUGCUGCAAGCGAAGGACACUCCCACCCUCGUGUGGUGGAGCUGCCAAAAACUGAGGAAGGCCUCGGUUUCAACAUCAUGGGAGGUAAAGAGCAGAACUCACCCAUCUACAUCUCGCGCAUCAUCCCAGGAGGUAUUGCCGAUCGUCACGGUGGCCUCAAGAGAGGAGACCAGCUGCUCUCGGUCAACGGAGUGAGUGUGGAAGGGGAGCACCAUGAGAAGGCAGUGGAGCUCUUAAAAGCAGCUCAGGGCACAGUCAAGCUUGUGGUCCGCUACACUCCUAAAGUGCUGGAGGAAAUGGAGUCUCGGUUUGAAAAGAUGCGAUCUGCCAAACGCAGCCAAAAGAACAGCUACCAGUAGGGUACGCAGUAGGGUAACCUGCCUGUGGCCCUCAUGUCAUGUCUCUCUCUCUUUCUCUCUCUUUCUCUCUUUUUCUAUUUUUCUAUCUUUCUCUCUUCCUUUCUACCCAGGGCUUGGACACACAUACGGCACUUCUCUUUUCUGCUUUUAUGGAAUUUUCUAAAACUUCCCUACCACUUCAAGUUUGAGCACACAAGUUUUUUCACUGUUUUAUGGAAAUAAACACUACUAUUCCCCACAACACACACAUACAUACCCCACCCACCCCCACCCAUGGUGAUACAAACCUGGUGAUGUACAUCACUCUGUGUCAGGUGAAGGUUGAGGGGCAGGAUUGCAAGGGGACCAUCUCCGUUUCGCUUCUGAGGUCAUUUAAAUGAAACGCUAAAUGUUUAAAAAGUGCCUCAAGAGCUUAAAGAAAACUGUACUAGCUCUCUAGAACCAUUUGGAUUGUAUGUUGAAUGCACAUUCAUCUUCUAAAGACUUGAACACCCAGGGUAACAUUAAGCAGUAUAAGCAGGGUGUCGGAAGUAGAAAUUAGAGGUCAUAUUUCACUUGAAAGAGUUUGUGUCAAGGACAAACAAUGUGUGUCAUACCGCUCAACAAGCAAAAACACUAUCAUUUUAUCACUAUCUUGUUUUAUCGUAGUUUCUUUUAUAGUUAUAAAAAUUUUUUUCAUGGAGUUAGGGGGUGAAUAUUUAUUUUUAAUCACAUGUCAGUGAUUUAGUUUCACUGGGUUAGGGCUUAUAUAUUUAAAAAAAAAUCCUGUUUUUGUUACUAGGUUUCUUUCUACCCUUCCCCUCGAACUAGUUCUUUCAGCAUUUCUGAUUUCUACUCACAAUGAAGCGACAAGAGUAUGUAGAAGGAUUGGUGAAGUAGUGACUGCUAAGCACUGACUCCCUUCACACUGAAAACUCGGGUGACAAUAUUUAAUUACACUGAGAUAUUUAUUUCUUUUAUAUGUACCCUAGACAUAUUUUGUAGCACACGAAUUCUAUUAUGUAUAUGCUGUAGCUUAGGAUUUAUUUGCUGUUCCUAUCGCCAGUAAAAAAAAAAUGUAAUUUUUUUUUUUCUUUAGUGAAUCUGAUUUGUAGUUUUACUAUGUUUAGUCUUUAAGCCCCUGAUUAUUUUUCAUUCACUUCACUGAGCAAGAUUCGUUAUUGAGUGAACAUACAUAAAGGUGAAGGUUCUCUUCAUCCUGCUCAUUCAUCUCACGGCAAUAUUUGUACCGAUUCAAAAAUCAUUCCACGACCGUGUCGCACUUUCACACGUGUGCUCAUUGUGCUCAUAGUUAAGCCAAGUUAAUGUUUCUUACCUGUUUUAAGCUUAAACGCACGUAUUUUAACUGUCACAAUUAAAAGAAAACAUCUAUUAUUCUGUCUCACGAAAUAUUUAGCAUGUUUCUGAUUGUAGACGUUCAUUAAUCAGAGAGAGAUGCGAGGAAAGGUGGUCUAAUCUCUUGCGUUAAAAAAAACAAAACAAAUGCCAUCUUGUAAUUACAACUGUUCAGUCUUCCUCAGAAAGCAUUCUGGAAAAUGAAAGAGUUGGAUGCUUUGUUGUUCUCUGAAGUUUUGGGAGCUCAGGUUGCAUUUCUCCAUCCCUGACUUCCUCUGACAUUUCACGACCUGAAGUUACACUAAGCAAUAAAGCUCGCUCUUCGUUCUCCAGCCCCUCGCUAUUAAAUCUGCGUCAUUGUUCACUUUUGAAAGGCUUACUUGCUAUUUUUGUACCACCAUUUUCUUAUGAUGUUUUGCUUGCCUUUUUUGAUAAAUUUUAUUCACAGAAUUUUUUUUCCAAGGAAUUAUUUGUAUUGCUUUUCUGAGGACAUUGUCCCAUUGUUUUUCGAGUACAAAGACCAAACGUGCAAUUUUUCUGACAGCUAUUUGAUAUCAUGUUGAAUGUCCCGUAUGCUAGUUUGGGAAUGUUGCUUUAACGAGCCUAAAUAUUACUGUAUCAUUUUAACAUUGCUGUUCUUUCCUGGUGAACUGUCUUACAUGUAAUGUAGAUGCAUAGAAUGAAAUAUUACUACUUGGGUUUACUUCAGAGUAACGAAUUCAUGCUGCACAAAAUAAAUUACACAGAAAUGUUG